AUGGAUAAUAAUAGUACUAAGGAACAAGAUGAUGAUAAUAAUAAUAAAGUGUCGAUAAAUUUGGAUCAUUCAUCAUCUCAUUCGCAUGAAUCAAGUGUAACGAAUGAUGUUGAUCAUAUCUAUUUUCAAAGUUAUGAUAAUUUUCAAAUUCAUGAAUUAAUGUUAAGAGAUCGGGCGCGAGUAUCAGCAUACUAUGAUGCGAUCAUGAAAAAUAAACAUUUAUUCCAAGAUAAAGUUGUUUUAGACGUCGGCUCAGGAACAGGUAUUUUAUCAAUGUUUGCAGCAAAAGCUGGAGCUAAGCGAGUUUAUGGUGUCGAUGUUUGUCCAAAUAUAUGCAAGAUAGCCAAUGAACUUGUCAGAUAUAAUUGUUUACAAGAUGUUGUACAAAUAAUUAAUAAACAGAUAGAACAUGUAAAAUUGGAUGAUUAUGUUGAUAUUAUCAUUUCAGAAUGGAUGGGAUUUUAUCUUUUUCACGAAUCGAUGUUGGAAUCGAUUAUUUAUGCUCGUAAUAAUUUUUUUCGACCAUCACCAUCUCCUGAUAUCUCCGACGAUAUAGAUGGAACAACUUCAGGAGAUAAUUCAAUAAUAUUUCCUUCUCAUGCAUAUUUAUAUUGUGCACCGUUUGUCGAUGAUAAAGUUCGUUGUGAAAAACGUACAAUGUGGAUGGAUUAUUUUGAUUUGAAUAUGACACCAUUAUUGAAAUAUAUACCAAAUUCGUCGUUAACUGAAUGUGUUAUUCAAACAAUUGAAAAUCAACAAUUAGUACAUGAUCAACAACUAGUUUAUUCAAUUGAUUUAAAAACUGUUAAACAUGAUGACAUUCGACAAAUUAAGUCAUAUUGUGAAUUCUAUAUUGAAGAAGAUUGUAUUAUUUCCGGAUUUGCAUUUUGGUUCGACUGUUAUUUUUCAUCCAAUAAUUUUAAUAUAAUACAUUCAGCUGUUCUAAGUACAUCACCUGCUGCUGAAAAAACUCAUUGGCAACAAUCAUUAGUAUUGCUAAAUGAUAAUAUUUACCCGGUUAAAGGUGAUAUUAUACCUGUACAUAUUAAAUUAAAACAACAAAAACAAAAUCAUCGACAGUAUAAACUUAGUCUUGUGUUGAAAAACAUUGAAAAUACCACGAAAUACGUUAAAGAUGAUGAUACAACAAGUACUGCAAGUGUUGACGAUGAUGCAUCAGAUAAUAAAAGAAAAAGAAGACGACGACGGCGGAAGUCAUCAGUGAUAUCUUUAACAAAACCUGCAGCAAAAGUUAAAACAAAAACAUCUAUGAGUGACAGUGAUAAUGAUGAAAGAGAUCAAUCACCAACAAGCAAUAGUAGUACAAGUAUUGAUGAAGACAAUAUGCAAGUUGAAGCACAUCCAGUACCAUGUUUAUGUGAUAGCACACGCUGUAAAUUGAUUAGAGCUAUUAUUGAUAAAUAUGAAGAAGAAAAUAUUGUAGGAUAA